AUGGUCAAGUCUUUGGCAGCUCUUACGGUCAAGUUGAAGGUCAGUUACAUCAGCAAUAACAGACCAAAACGCUCUGCUUUUUAUACAGGGGAUUACCCUUUCUACACCAAGAGAGGAGCUUCGCUGGUCAGGAGGGAAGCCCUAGCAGAACCUGUCCGUGUGAUCUCUGUAAAAAAAACAGGGAAACCGGUGAAAGAAUGGGGGGAGGUGAGUGUGGUGACAGCCAUACACCUGGUGUAUGACGGCGAUGAGGCGAAACACACGGAGGUAUUUCUCGAUUGGGAAGACGGCACGAGGUACACUUUGGAAGGUUUUCAUUGGACCAGCGAAAGUGCAGACGGAGACAGGUGCGAGUGCGUGUGCGUCACGCACGACCUGAAGCUCAUCGACAUGCUCCGUCAGAUGACGGAUGAGUACCAAGAUGAGUACAGAAACGCCAAGAUCACGUACAUUCCGAAUAAAAUCGCGCAAGAAGAAAAUAUCGUCAUCAUUGUAUCCUAUCCACACGGCAAGUCUAAGAAGGUCUCUGUAGGUCAUGUCAAUAAAGAGAAAACCUGGAACCGUGACAUGACCUUUACCAGGUAUUCCUACACAGCACCCACCUGCCCAGGCAGCAGCGGCGCCCCAGUUUUUGUAAUGGGGUAUAACGGGUGGUACCUACAUACCCACGCAGGAGAAAAUGGAGAAGAGAACUAUAGCGGGGAGGUCUAUUCGUUUUCCUCAUUUUUUCCCAGCUCCAAAAGUGCCAAGACCGAGAAAGAUAAACCUCGUAGGAAAUAAUUACUCUUUAACCGUCUCAUUAGCAGCAUCGUAAAGUUGUUAUUGGUGAAUAAUUCAAAGUAUAAAUGUCUA